AUGGUUUUCCUCAGCAGAUUGUCGAACGCGGCAACCAGAAGACACUUUUCAAGCUCUCAAAAUGUGUGCAAGAAGUUGAACAAAUACUCGAAUAUCAUCACCGAACCAAAAGAUCAAGGUGCUUCGCAGGCCAUGCUUUACGCCACCGGCUUCAAACAAGCGGAUUUCGAAAAGGCUCAGGUGGGUGUUGGGUCCUGUUGGUGGAGUGGUAAUCCAUGCAACAUGCAUUUGAUGGACUUUAACCACCGUAUAACGGAAUCCGUCAAUAAGGCCGGCUUGAAAGGUAUGCAAUUCAAUACCAUUGGUGUCUCGGACGGUAUCUCCAUGGGUACAGACGGUAUGCGCUACUCUCUGCAAAGUAGAGAAAUUAUCGCUGACUCGUUUGAGACCAUCAUGAUGGCCCAACACUACGAUGCCAACAUUGCGAUCCCUUCGUGCGACAAGAACAUGCCUGGUGUUUUGAUGGCGUUUGGAAGACACAACAGACCCUCUAUCAUGGUUUACGGAGGUACCAUUUUGCCCGGAAACCCUACUUGUGGAUCUCAAAAGAUCCCAGAGAAGAUUGAUGUUGUGUCUGCUUUCCAAUCCUACGGUCAGUACUUGUCCAAGAACUUCACCGAAAAAGAGCGUCUCGACGUGGUGCAGCACUCCUGUCCCGGUCCUGGCUCUUGUGGUGGUAUGUACACCGCCAACACAAUGGCCUCGGUUGCCGAAGUGUUGGGUAUGACUUUGCCUAACUCCUCGUCCUACCCAGCUGUCUCCGACGCAAAACUUGCCGAAUUGGACAACAUUGGUGAAGCUAUCAAGAAAACUAUGGAAUUGGGUAUCUUGCCUCGUGACGUCAUGACUAGAGAAUCCUUCUUGAAUGCUAUUACAUAUGUCGUGGCCACCGGUGGUUCCACUAACGCUGUCCUUCAUAUGGUUGCUGUGGCUGACUCUGCAGGUGUGAAGAUUACUCCUGAUGACUUCCAGCGUAUCAGCGACAAAACCCCAUUGCUCGGUGAUUUCAAACCUUCCGGUAAGUACAUGAUGUCGGACCUAUAUCCUCUCGGUGGUACCCAGGCCAUUAUCAAGUCACUGUUCGAGCAAGGUCUAUUAGACGGUAACACCAUUACUGUGACUGGUGAAACCCUCGGUGAGCGUGCUGAAAAGGCUACCGGGCUACCAGAGGAUCAGGACCUUUUCAGACCUAUGUCCAACCCAAUCAAGCCUCAAGGCCAUUUGCAAAUCUUGUACGGGUCUCUUGCUCCAGGUGGCUCUGUUGGUAAGAUCACCGGUAAAGAGGGCACUUACUUCAAGGGUAAAGCCCGUGUUUUCGACGAAGAAGCAGGCUUCAUUCGCGCAUUGGAAAACGGGGAAAUUAAGAAGGGAGAAAAGACCGUGGUUUUGAUCCGUUACCAAGGUCCUAAGGGUGGUCCAGGUAUGCCAGAAAUGUUGAAGCCUUCCUCCGCUUUGAUGGGUUACGGUUUGGGCCAGGACGUCGCCUUGUUGACUGACGGUAGAUUUUCCGGUGGUUCCCACGGUUUCCUGAUCGGUCACGUUGUUCCAGAAGCCGCAGAGGGUGGUCCAAUCGGUUUGGUCAAGGACGGCGAUGUUAUCACCAUCGAUGCCAACAACAAUAAGAUCGAUGUCGCCGUUUCUGACGAAGAAAUGGCCCAGCGUAGAUCUCAGUGGGUGGCUCCUGCUCCUCGUUACACCAGAGGAACACUUGCCAAGUACCACAAAUUGGUGACCAAUGCGUCUUUGGGCUGUGUGACUGACGCAUAA